AUGGACAUGUCCGGGGUAGUUCCACCUCGACAGACCCGCCAGCGCGGCAUGGGACGCACUGCAUGCUCCAGAUGCAAGACUAGGAAGCAGAAGUGUGACGGCCGACUCCCCGUCUGCUUCAGCUGUACAAAGUCCGGGGCGAUAUGCGACUUGCAAAAUGUGCGAGGGGAAGAUCUAGUUGUUGCAAAAUACAUCCAAAGCCUCGAAACCAAGAUCGCCGAACUAGAGCUUCAACUCUUACGACACCAGGACUCACAAUUGCAGCCUGAACAGCCACAGCAUGAUAGCCCCCGGUUUCCUCUGCAGGGACGUAUCGGAAUGGGCGAUGUAGUCAACUCGCUCUGCAGUGACUUACCCGAGAGAUCAUCAGUAUCUGAAUCGUUGCAGUUCAGUGUCCAGCUCGCCCUCAACUUGGGUAGUUCUCCUAAUUCAACGGGAGAUGCCCACCCCCAUGACGCUGCACACGCUUCAACCCCUUCAACCAGCCCAAGGGACUAUCCAUUCAUCAGGUCACUGGCGAAUAACGCCGUUGGUACCAGUCCACCCUCAGAGCAACUAGGUGCCAAGCUCAUCGAAGCGUAUUCCGAGAGAUUAGACUGGAGGUAUCCAUUCCUAGACCUAAAUGAACUAAGGGAACUUCACCGAGAUCGAGAGGGCCUGUCGCAGUCGACUACCCAGCAAUUCGGGCUAUUCAAACUAUACCUCGUGUACGCUAUAGGCGCAGGACUACUGGAUCUAACGGAGAAGCACACAUCGUCACCUAUGCCAGAGGCCUUCUAUGCAGCAGCCAUGCAGCAUAUCCCAACUGCACGAAAUACCCGGUCUCUUGAGAAUAUAGAGGCAAUGGUUCUCCUAGCUCUCUUCCAUCUUCGGAGCUUCAUCAGCCAGGAACUCUGGUAUCUAAUUGGGUUUGCCAUGCGGACCUGCAUCCAUCUAGGCAUGUACCUAGCUCGUCGGGAGGCUGAUCUUCCUACGUCCGUUAUUCAAAGACGUCGUAAGCUGUUUUGGACAGUCUACUCCCUAGAGCGGAAUGUUUCUAUUGCACUCGGGUACCCCGUCAGUCUGCCCGAUCGGUUGAUUGACGUUGAGAUGCCGGUUAUGACAGGAGAUACAGCGCAGGAGGACGACAGAUUGCAGCAAGCCAUAUCCAUCUUCCAGCUCCGGAGAAUCGAAUCCCGCAUUCAUCAUUCCAUCUACCGGAAUGACCGGACCCUGGAGCAGCUCCUCCCAAAGACGACGUGGCAUUACCAGCAACUGCAACACUGGAAGGAGAGUAUCAUAUCGUCUAUGAGUCCGAAUCCAAAUCCAGGCCCAGAAUCGUCAGGGAGUAAUGCUCCCAACCGUCUGGAUUACUUACUCCUACACUAUCACCGCGCCAUCAGACUCCUUAUCCAGCCCUUCCUUUCAAUCAUGCCCAGUUCAGACCCGUAUUACAGGGCCUGUCUCGAGUCGGCAGGGCAGAUCUGCCAGCUCCACAAGAAACUCCAUCAGAACUCGGAUUACGGGCAUAGCUUUAUAGCUGUCCAGACUGUGUUUGUUUCUGGCGUCAUGCUGCUUUACUGUUUAUGGAUCCAUACUAGUGAUGUCUGGAGCAUCCGACUGAGUAAUCAUCUUCGGGCUUGCUCGAGUGUGCUAUUCGUUAUGGGCGAACGGACUCCUUGGGUACGCAGGUACCGGGAUGCAUUUGAGGCACUUGUCACCGUGACUAUGGAGAGAUUGGAGGCGCAGUGCAGUACUGAUGGUGAUUCUCUAUCCAUGCAGGAUACUACCUUUCCACCGCAAAAUGCCCAAAUUCCCAAUACCCCUGCAGGUGGCACCGGACACUUUCCCGCUAUGAACGAAUGUCCCCCUGGAGAUCCAAUGCCGAUGCCCCCGCCGCUACAGGUACUUCAAGACCGCUGGAUGGAAUUCGAUACCAUGGCUGUUGUCAAUGAACUUGUAAACUGGACGGACCUUAGGAUGCCUUCUGGACAAACGCCGUGUAUGGACUAUGGGAACCUUGGAAGUACUUGGGAUCAAUGGCAGCUUCCAUAG